GUAUCUCAAAGGCGGGUAAAGUAGCCAGGAAGGAAGUAGCGGAGAGCCUGCUGGACUACAAGUCAGGGCUGAAACUACAGUUCCCAGCAGGCAGCGGGGCUGCAGACGGCCGCGGCGGAGGAGAGCGAGUAGAAGAGCCUUGCGCGCGCGGUGAGGAUGGAACGUUGCUAGAGUUCGCGGGUCUUGCUGUUGGGGGUCGGAGCUGCACGCCGCGAGCCGCCGCGUGCCAAAGCGGGAAUCCUGGUGGCGGGCAGUUCUGCAAUUAAUGCACCCAUUUAAAACUCCAGAACUUGUGGACGCCAUGCACAGGAAACACCUCCAGGAGAUUCCUGACCAGGGUAGCAACGUUACUACCAGCUUCACAUGGGGAUGGGAUUCUAGCAAGACUUCUGAACUGCUGUCAGGCAUGGGGGUCUCCGCCCUGGAGAAAGAGGAGGUGGACAGUGAGAACAUCCCCCAGGAACUGCUCUCAAACCUGGGCCACGCUCAGAGCCCCCCACGAAAACGGCUGAAGAGCAAGGGGAAUGACAAGGAUUUUGUGAUAGUCCGCAGACCUAAGCUAAAUAGAGACAGCUUUCCAGGUGUUUCAUGGGACUCCCUUCCGGACGAGCUGCUCUUAGGAAUCUUUUCCUGUCUGUGCCUCCCUGAACUCUUGAAGGUCUCCAGUGUUUGUAAGAGGUGGUAUCACCUAGCGUUUGAUGAGUCCCUGUGGCAGACCUUGGACCUCACAGGUAAAAACCUGCACCCAGAUGUGAUCGGCCGGCUGCUGUCUCGAGGGGUGGUUGCCUUCCGCUGCCCACGAUCAUUUGUGGAUCAACCAUUAGUUGAACAUUUCAGCUCUUUCCGUGUGCAACACAUGGAUCUGUCCAACUCUGUAAUCGAUGUGUCUACCCUCCACGGCAUUCUGUCCCGGUGCUCCAAGCUGCAGAAUCUAAGCCUGGAAGGCCUCCAGCUGUCAGAUCCCAUUGUCAAUAACCUAGCACAGAACUCAAAUUUAUUGCGACUAAAUCUUUCUGGGUGUUCUGGAUUCUCCGAAUCUGCCCUGAAGACUUUGCUGAGCAGCUGUUCCAGAUUGGAUGAGCUGAACCUCUCCUGGUGUUACGACUUCACUGAGAAGCACGUGCAAGUGGCUGUCGCGCAUGUGUCAGAGACCGUCACCCAGCUGAACCUCAGUGGCUACCGAAAGAAUCUCCAGAGAUCAGAUGUCUCUACCUUAGUUGGAAGAUGCCCCAAUCUUGUCCACCUAGACUUAAGUGAUAGUGUCAUGCUGAAGAAUGACUGCUUUCCAGAAUUUUACCAGCUCAACUACCUCCAACAUCUGUCACUCAGUCGAUGCUAUGAUAUCAUACCUGAAACUUUACUUGAACUUGGAGAAAUUCCCACACUAAAAACACUACAAGUUUUUGGAAUCGUGCCAGACGGUACCCUUCAACUGUUAAAAGAAGCCCUUCCUCAUCUACAGAUUAAUACUUCCCAUUUCACCACCAUUGCCAGGCCGACCACUGGCAACAAAAAGAACCAGGAGAUAUGGGGCAUCAAAUGCCGGCUGACACUGCAAAAGCCCAGUUGUCUAUGAAGUAUUUUUUGCAGGAUGGUGUCUCCUCUUUUCUUUGGAACAGGGAAAAUAGGCAGGAAGCCCGCUUGCUGGAGCACUCAGCUAUUGUUAUUCUUGGUUUUCCCUUUGCCUUCAUUCUGCAAGUAUAUUAGACAACCAUUGAGAGAGAAAACUAUGAAGUUUUGCUUUUUCUAAGUAACUAUAAAAGCUUCCGUCACUGCUUCUGUGCCUUUAAAAGCCUAAGUUUUAGGCCUUUUGAAAUUUUAGGAGAACCGGUAAUUUCAAGAGACCUUAAACAGCAAGAUUUGAGCCACCUCUUCCAAGUGCCCUUCUUAUUCAGUCUAUUUAGAAUCAAGUAUAAGAGUCACCACCAGCAAAUCAUUUUCACAGUCUAUAUGGUAACUUUCUUCUAUUUAACUUUUCAGUAUUGCUUUAUGAGACAUAGAUUGGUAGAAGAAUAAGCUAUUUGUAUUGUGAGUGGAACAAAAGAAUCAUAGGACGGAUAGUAGCAUUUGUGGUCAUCUCUUCUGGAGAUAGAAAAAUAUGCAUUUCAACUUUGCCUUUAGAUUUGAAGCUAGGUUCAUGGAAAUAAAUAGCCCUGGGCAAUUCACCUUGAAACCUAAAUUUU